AUGUCAGACUCACCAAGAACUCCAGAUGCACUCAAGAAAGCACCCCUCAGUAAUCCUCGAUUACAAAUCCCUCGCCCCGUGUUUCAACGCGAGACUACCGCCGUUGACCCCUCGGAGUGGCAAGCUUACACACCAAAGACUUCGCAUGGGUUCAUAGCCAUGCAUACCUCCACACCUGAAGAGUCGCAUCAAAACAGGAAUGACGGGAAGCCUACACCAGUCAAGGAUUACUUCUCAGUGCCAAAGCAGAAGCAUAAUCCUAUCCUUUCUCCUAACCCUGCGCCAUACGAACCGCAUGGCUUUUUGCCACUUUGUUCCGUUGCGGCCGUUGAAGUCGACGCGACGGAUUACUUCGGGCUCUCAGACAAGACUAUCGAAAGUACUGUCGAGAAAAGCUGCAAUGUUCCGGAUAUGGCGAAGGACGUCGAGUGCGAUGAUGCUCUGCAUACGAGCCGGCGCUCGCUGGGCGAGGCUGCGCAUCCAUCGGGAGAGCAGUAUGACGAGCGCGAUGUCGUGCCCAAGCCAGAAGAAGAAAAAGGUACUGAAAAGGAACCUGGGGUCGAAUUGCGCGGUGGCAGUGGCGAGGAACUUUGCGACGGAGACAAAGAGGCGGUCGAUCAUUCACCUGCAGGGGAUGUGCCUGACCCAAAGGACCAUAGACGAGAAGUCGAAGCUAACCCACCGAUCGCUUCAUCGCGCACCGACGUAGCCCUGGAAGAUCAUAUCGAAGAACGUGAUCCUGUUUCGGUGCUCAAUAGAGCGCUCGAACAGAUUCCAGAAUACGACGAGACCAAGCCAGUAUCCACAGAGAUGAGCGCUGCGAACAUGGAUGAGACCACUGAUUCAGAUACUCAGAAACCAUUUCCAGUAAUCCGCCGAAAGCUCAGAAAGAACUGGAAGAGACUAGCGCCGCUCGAAGGUCACACUGGAAGACUAUUUGACACGAUGCAGCAUACAGACAACAGAACGCUAAUCGCACUGAAGUCCGGCUUCACAGUCGACAUCGUGAAUGCCGAUACCAAGAAAUCAUACGUCCGCAACGUUCCGCUUCGCAUGCUAUGGCAUUUCUGCGGCGCCUCCGUCCUCGAUCGCUUCAUACCAGACCGAGACGGGCGCCCUGACCUGUUGAAGAUACCUGUAGACGAAGCCGAGAAAUCUGGAGUCGCAAGAGUAAUGCGGUACAUGCGUCGCGCGUGCAAAGCAGCCAGCGUGCGACCCACAGGUGAGCUGCGCGUACCACCCAGUCUGGCCGCCGGUAUCGAGACGAUCCGAGCCUGCCGUGUAUUUGGUUUGCACGCUGAUGCCGACAGGAUCGAAGAUGUAAUUAUAGAUGAGUGGAUAGGCAACGAAGCUUGGUAUAUGACCGACGAGCACGUCGAGCUGAUCUGGGAUGGGUAUCACGGUAGUCUUCGCGACACCGUUUUCGGGGAUGUAAUAGUCUGGUUUGUAUUAACAGAAGUGCAAGAUAAGUCGCAUCCUCUCGCUGAGGAAAUACGGUGGAUGCUGGAGCAAGACGAGUACGAGACGUUGAAGGCAAGGGUUACGGAGGAGGUACAGAGGAAGAUGUGGAGACUGGAGGAUCAUGAUCAGUUCUUGGGAAGAUGUAGUUGGGAGAGGGCGGAGGGGAUGCGCAAGGAGGUGGAGCGUACCGAUUGUCUAUCGCAAGGUCAUCCUCGGCGACCCUUCCCGAUAUCCGACACAGAGCAGACUACCUUCCAUCACGGAACCAGCGCAAAAGCUCUUGGCAUCGAGAUGAUGCAAGCGGGAGCGUGGGAUGGCGGAGGCAUCGGGGUCUUUCCAGAUUUUCCAGUCCAAUCUCCUGAGCUGACGAGGGCUGGAGCUGACACCCCUGUCCCGCAUUCGCUUGGUCGAUAUUGA